AUGGUCGAUGGCCUGACCUUGCGUGACCGCUGCGCCGCGCUGCAAGCCGCAGUGGCGACGCUGCUGUUCGAUACACCACCGGAUACGUUUCGGCAGUUGGUCGACGAGAUGGCUGCGAUUGCGUCGGACAUGACAACCAAAAAAGCGGCGCUUCAACUUCAGGAAGCCCGCAUCGACGCCAAGCUCGAGAUGCUGGCAGAGCUCACAGCCAACAAGACGAUCUCGCAAGAGCCAAUCAAGACCGCGGUGCGUGAAGAAGAUGGUGCGCUACGCAAGAUCGUCACGCUCAACGUCGGCGGCACGCUCUUCACAACGGCGCGAGAGACGUUGCUCCGUGUGCCUGGCAGCUACUUUGAUACGAUGCUCUCGUCCGACCACUGGCGUCCCAACGAAAAAGGCGAGUACUUUCUCGAUGUGGAUCCGAGCACGUUUGCACGGGUCAUCAAGUACUUCCGCUCGGGUGUGCUCGACAUGAGCAAGCUCUCGGCAACGGACAAGACCGAACUCUGGGAGAUGUUUGACUACCUUCAGAUCAAGUGGCCAGUGCUGGUGCCAACGUCGAUUGAGGCGCCGCGGCUGCAUUGGGACUCGUCGCACUGUUCCGCAGACAUUUCGCUCGACGAAAACAACAUGCGAGCUACCAGCUCCAAGAUAUCCUGGGCCAAUGUCCUUGCGUCGAUGCCAGUGACAUCGUUUGCCGUGCGCGUCCAACUUGGUGCCUAUGUUGAAGUUGGGUUCAUGCCCCGGCACCAUUUCGCACCCAAGGCAUCAGAGUGCGGGUGGUACUUUCACUGCGAGACGGGCACGGUUCGCUCGCGUAACGUGCGCUUGAAGGAGCCGAGUAUUAGUCUUGAGACCAAGUCUCGAUCCGUGUUCCUUCAGGUAACGUGGCAUCGGGACCAGGAGCGCAUCUCGUUUGCGGUCGACGGCGUGCCGCUGUCCAUCGGACUGCAAGACGUUCCCACAGUCCUCCCGCUGUAUCCAUUCGCGCGAUUUGCAUCGCGCGACACCAGCGUCAAGAUCCUUCCCGUAUAG